AUGAAGAUUCUUGACGCUGGUACCGAAGUCCUCGACGACUAUGACGUCCUGAAAUUCAUCCGCAACAAGCGCACUCAGAUCAAGGCCGAGAAGGAGCAGUCGAAAGAAGAGGGCCGUCCUAAUACACACAGACCCGCCAACUUCAUCAAGUCUUUACAGAAGGUACUCGAUUCCCCAACAGCCGCUUGGAACUCCCACACUCAUACCUGCCAGCAUGAAGAAUACCUCCUCGACAAGGAUCGCCCACUCCUGAACAACCCUCGAUACGACAACGACUCGCAGUAUCUCAACAAGCUGAUACAGACUCUGGGACCACGAGUCCAGCUCACAAAGUCCGAGUACUUGAUCCUCGCCAACCAACGCCCCUACAGACGAACCCACCUCGCCGCAAUGAUCGAAGACGUCGAAACCCGCUUCACCAUCGACGAGCAAAACUUCAUCAGAGACACGGUAUCCGACAUUCUAGGCUUCCCAGAGGCUGAAGGUCAGAAUUUGGACUACAAGCCUGUCGAGAUCAAGGGCUGA